GAGCUCGACGACGACGACGACCUCGAAGAGGGAGAAGUGAAGGAAGAGGACGACGAAGACGACGACCAGAGGGGACGACAGCGAGUGGUGGCGCCGGAAGGGGCGGCGGAAGGGACGACACGGACGACGACCAGCACGUGGGGUAACAACUGUCGCUUCGUUCACCCGUCGGGAGGCGUCAAAAGGGCGCCGAAUCUCCCGCCGCCGCCAAUGCCUCCGCCGCCUCAGACGCGACGCCCACAGCGCGACUUCGGGGGCUAUGGGGGGGGCGGAGGCGGAGGGGCGGCGGCCGAGUCGGAGAGCGCGUGGGAGCGCGGCCUCAAACAGGCGAAGGAAAUGAUAGUCCGCGCGACGCGACGCAAAGAAGAGGAACUCGACUUCGAGGACAAGCGCUUCCAUUUGGGAGUCGAGGAGUCGGCCCAACAGAGCUCGCCGCCGCCACCCGCGGCCCUCAGCCGCAGAGGGCUGUUGAUGCUCGCACCGCAAGCUCAGGCGGGGGACCUUGUUGCUGGGGCAACCGCCCAAACCGCGGCCCAACGCCGAGCAGUUCCGCGACCCCUGGCGUCGCUCCAAAUCGCCGCCGACGGCGCCCUCGACGGCCACGAAAGUGCGGCGUCCAGUGGACGGCGCGCGGACGCAGAGGUCGCACUCCAUGUCCUCGAUAUCGGCGUCGGGAUCGGAAUCGUCGCUGAAGAGCCCAAGGCUCCCGAGCCUCAGGAAAAGCCUCAGAAGCCUUCGCAGCUUUGCGGCGUCUAUAGCCUUCUGUCACAGCCUCUUCUGCGCGAAGCCCUGGUUUUCUCCACUCUUAAACGCCUCAUUUUGAGCCCUUUUUACACGCGUUUGUGUUCAGCGUCUGCGCCGGCGCCGACUGAAGACAAGGCCAACAAUGAGUACGACUCGUGGAGCGAGUCUUUGAGCGAAUCCGACGAAUCAAUGUCCAGCUAUUAUUCGGAUUCCGACCAAUCGGCGGACAAUCAGAGGUCAGCGAAGGGCGCGAAGAACGCCCGAAGUGUCGACCCGCCCAACGCCAAGCGAGCAAAGGUGGCGCCCCCGCGGCCUCCGCCCAAAGAGGAGGGGCCGAAGAAGUCGCCCAUAAAGAUGACGUUCAUGAAGAAGCAACAUUUGGAGGUUUUUCUGCAAAGCCACCGCGUCUUUGACUUGCCGCCGGCGCUUCACCUCCGCGGCGGGCUUCUCCUCCUGGCGGACAGCAGCGUCAGCAGCGGCUUUCGCUGGCGCUUUAGGACCGCUUCUCCGCUUUCGCCCGAACCCGCGACUCCGCCGCCCAAACACGAGUCCAAGUCGCUGAUGGCGACGGUCUCGCGGCGCGAAGAACUGCUGCAGCAGUUGAAGGCCGUGGAGGACGCGAUUGCGCGCAAAAGAAUAAAGCGUGAAAACCGCGAAAACAGCGAGCUCUGCAGUGCUGUUCAGGCAUACAAAGGGCCCAAACCUUCGCUGCAUUGCAAUAGAGUAGUGAAGUGUUGUCGACAUCCGCUUCCUUUUGAACUCACAUUUGAUUGCGAAGAGAGUUCUCUUCAGACAACAAACGCAAAAAUGCCGGCAAAACGGAUGGGAAUGAUUCCAAACGGACACUUCCGUAAGGAUUGGCAGCGCUUUGUCAAGACGUGGUUCGCGCAGCCGAUGCGCAAGAAGCGCAGACACGCCACACGAGUCGCCAAAGCCGCGCGAAUCGCCCCGAGACCCACGCAAAGACUCAGACCUGUCGUCAACUGUCCGUCAGUUAAAUACAACUCAAAGGUUCGGUUGGGAAGAGGCUUCUCGUUGGAGGAGUUGAAGGCGGCCGGCAUCGCGCGCAGGGAGGCGCCCACGAUCGGCAUUGCGGUCGACCACCGAAGAGUGAACCGAUCCGUCGAGAGUUUGCAACGAAAUGUGCAGCGAUUGAAACAAUACAAGUCGAGACUGGUGGUGUUCCCGAUCCGCGCGAAGAAGCCGCGAAAGGGCGACGCGUCAGCGGAGGAGCAGAAGUUGGCGCACCAAUUGGUCGGCACUCUUCUCCCGGUGCGUCGCGGGAAGGCGUACGUGAAGAGCGAGAGGGCGCGCGCGCCGACGGAAGAGGAGAAGAAGUUCUCGGCCUUCCAUUCGCUGCGGAAGGCGCGCUCUAACGCCCGACUGGUGGGCAAGAGGGCGAAGCGCGCGAAGGAGGCGGCGGAGAGUUUGGACGCACCGAAGAAGAAGGAGUAAAACGAAAAUCUUUAAUACAGUAGAAGAAGGAGUGAAAGAAAACUUGUCUUAUAUUUGAAAUAAUAAAAGCGUUUUGUUUUGAAUUAUCGAUAAA